UGUGCUAUUAAUGAAACCAUAUUUGGAAUGUCUGUCUGGUUUGAAUUAUCACAUGAAGUUCGUCACAUCCCCGACACAUGAUGUCUCUUCCCCUUAGAGCUUGGUCAAAUUUCCAUACAAUAGCCAACUAGAGGAGAAUAUCCUGCCUAUUGUUGGCUCACCCAUCAAUCAUGAAGUUACUCCAGGUAUGCGUCGGCGGUAAUAUGUCAACAAUUCAAUAUCAAAUGAUCUCAUAGCUAGCUCACAAGCACAGUUUUGAGGGCACUUCAGUCGAACGGUCCCUUUUCAGCUUACGUAUACGGUAUUCGCUUCCGCGGACUUGGUUGGCUUUGCCUUUCUCUCGUCCUUCAGCACUUCUGGUCCCUGAAGGUCACAGGGCGCCCUCCCCAACAAGGAAUCUCGAGCACAUGUUCGCACACUUUACCACCAGACAUAUGGGGUUUGGGGAACUCCUCUAUCCAUAAUAACCUAUUAGUAAGCCUUUUUUGGUUUGAAAACAUAAAAAGCCUACGAGUUUCGAGAUAAUUAAAUACCAUUCUGUUUCCAUCGACUGGACUCAGCCAGCUCAGCUCAACUUGAGUUUCGUAAUCAUAACACAGACAGUUAGACCAGGGACUCCGCCAAAAUGACGAAUCCCACGAUCGACAUCGCCAUCAAAAACAACACUGGCUCUUCUGAGGCCUACGCCUACAUCACGGGUUUGGAUAUCAACCAGAACAACACUCCGUUAUUUAUCCAAUCCGAUGGCAAGACCGUAUAUCGACCCACCUCGCCUUCCGACCCGCAAACUCCCCUAGCGCAGGAUGUCGCCAUCUCGCUCGGUGCUCAGGGAAGCACAACUACCGUCACGAUCCCCCAACUCGCCGGCGGCCGAAUUUGGUUCAGCACUGGAAGUACUAAACUAACCUUCCUCCUGAACCCUGGCCCCGCAGUUGUUGAGCCUAGCGUUCUUAACACUGCUGAUGUUAACUACGACAUCCAGUGGGGUUUCUGCGAGCUCACCUACAACAAAGACCAACUCUUCGCCAACAUCACCUAUGUCGACUUCGUCUCGGCACUCCCCAUCGCCCUUGAGCUUUUGAACACAUCCGGUGCUACCCAGACUGCUAAGGGAUUACCUGCAGGAGGUCUCGACACCGUAGUGGACAAGCUCACACAGCAAAACUCAUCGGAUAAUGCUGGCUGGGACAAGCUAAUUAUUAAGGCGUCUGAUGGUAGCACCCUACGUGCAUUAAGCCCAAACAGUGGCCGGGUGAUGGACUCCAGUCUGUUCGAUGGGUACUUCCAGUCGUACGUUGACCAAGCAUGGUCUCAAUACAGUUCGGCAGACCUAUCAAUCGACACUCAGGCAUCAUGGGGCGUCGUUACGGGACGAGUAUCGGGUGACCUGCUAACAUUUGACGCGGGCACAUUCGCGAAACCAAGUGCUGGAGAUAUCUUCUCCUGCUCCACUGGGCCAUUCGGAAACUACCCUGAUGCAUCAAAGGAUGAGAUGGGCGCGCUAGGAGCUCGCAUUGCUGCGGCGCUGAACCGAUCGACGCUACUAAGUGAUGCGAAACAACCCACCAACGAGCAGGUCGCAAACUACUACAAAGCAACUCCGACAAACCACUACUCGCGCAUCGUCCACGAGACUAACAUCGACGGCCUUGGGUACGCAUUCCCAUACGAUGAUGUGGGUGCUAACGGCCCCGACCAAGCCGGUGCCGUGUUCGAUUCCAACCCACAGUUAUUGACCGUCACUCUAGGUGGACCGUCUUCAAACGCACCGGCUAACGGUGGUGGUUCCAAGAAAGAGAAGGACAACAACGGAACUCCUAACCGGAUGUGUUGGUUAGUUGGUUGA